AUGAGCAGUGAAUAUGUAAUUAUACCGGCAGCAGUGGUGGCCUCUGCCUUCCUGGUGGUGGUAGCCCUCACCCUCUACAAGAUCUGCAGGAGAGGAAAGGAUCCGGAGGCUGACUCUCUCAAUCCCAGUAUCGUUUGUCUACCCUUCCUAUCAAGGAUCUACUCCUCAGUUUCUUUUGAAAGAGGGACAUGUACUGGAUAUAAGUUGAGAGAUAUUGAAGGCAGUGACGCGUGGGACAGGGCGGCGAGCAGGCUCUACCCUGCCACUUCCACUAUAAAUACUAGGGCUGCCGUCUACAGCUACCCUGCCACUUCCACCAUAAAUACUAGGGCUGCCGUCAACAGCUACCCUGCAACUUCCAUUAUAUAUACUAAGGCUGCCAUCGACAGCUACCCUGCCACUUCCACUAUAAAUACUAGGCCAGCCGUCGACAGCUACCCUGCCACUUCAACUAUAAAUACUAGGGGUGCCGUCGACAGCUACCCUGCCACUUCAACUAUAAAUACUAGGGGUGCCGUCGACAGCUACCCUGCCACUUCCACUAUAAAUACGAGGGCUGCCGUCUACAGCUACCCUGCCACUUCCACCAUAAAUACUAGGGCUGCCGUCAACAGCUACCCUGCAACUUCCAUUAUACAGGAACACCCUGUAUAUACUAAGGCUGCCAUCGACAGCUACCCUGCCACUUCAACUAUAAAUACUAGGGGUGCCGUCGACAGCUACCCUGCCACUUCCACUAUAUAUACUAAGGCUGCCAUCGACAGCUACCCUUCCACUUCCACUAUAAAUACUAGGGCUGCCGUCGACAGCUACCCUGCCACUUCAACUAUAAAUACUAGGGGUCCCGUUGACAGCUACCCUGCCACUUCCACUAUAAAUACUAGGCCAGCCGUCGACAGCUACCCUGCCACUUCCACUAUAAAUACUAGGCCAGCCGUCUACAGCUACCCUGCCACUUCCACUAUAAAUACUAGGCGCCGUCUACAGCUAUACUGUCACUUCCACUAUAAUACUAGAGUUGUCGUUGACAGCUACCCUAACACUUCCACUAUAAAUACUGAGGAAGAACAAGAUUUGGUCUGA